AUGAAUUUUCAUUUCAAUUUUAAGUCUUCUUCUUCUCCCUUUUUAAAUGGUUGGCUGAUUUGCACUGUUGGAAUCAACAAAUGGCUUGAGCUUCAGCGCAAGUCCAUUUUACAACAGCAGCAACAGCUCCCUGAAAAUGCCGCAAAUGCUCUUGAUUGA